AACUCCCUUAUUACCGCUGCAACUUGUCCUUCAAAUUAUCCCUCAUUUCUUCAUCCUAAACCCUAAUUUCCAAAUUAUUCUCUAAUUUCAAUUUUUUUUAAUUUUGUACAGGUGACGCAUUUGUCUACAAGGUCUUCAAGGCGUACACGCAGCCAUGGAAAUUUCAGCGUGAAAAUCCCCAUAAACUCCUCUCCUCUUCUCUUACUGAUAUCUCUGCUCUCUCUCUCUCUCUCUCUCGGUACCUACCUUUGGAUUCUGUUUGCUGUCUGAAAUUUUUUUUAUUUUUUAUUUGAGUUUGUUCGGAUUUAUUCGUCUCAACUGGGUCAGGUUUUUUAGUUGCUUGGAUUUUUUUUGUAAGUUUAUAUUUCUGGGUUAAUUUUUUCGUUGGUACAGUUUCUACGCAAUGAAAGAUCACUGCAUUCUUUUGAUUUCUGGGCAUGCUUCAAGCUUCUGCCUUUUAUUUUUAUGAAUUUAUGUUCAGUGAACUUUAUUUACAUCGAUUUUCUAGGGGAUUAAAUUACUUAGAUUACCCAAAUAUACAUAUAUUGUUUGAGAAGGCAAUUGAAAAUUCACUUAUUUCUAGAUGACGGAAAACAUAUUGUUUUUCGUUCAUUUCAGUUGGGUUUCAAACUCAUUGCAGCUGCAACUGCAACUGCUGGGGCUCAGAAAACGGGCUGGGUACCGGGCCAACUUUGGCCAGCCCGACUCCGGUUUUCAAAAUUUGUAGAAACCAGCUGUGAACUGUUGCAGGAAAAAUUCAGAAAAGAAAACACCUCAACAUACUGAAGAUUAUGUCCAACUCUAGCAUACUUGAGGACGGUACGCUAUGUCAUCAGCUGCCUCUAAUUUUCGGAAUCACCGCCACCAACAGCUCUGGCCUCGUGGUUUGUCGUUGUCCAGCAUUCCUCCAAAAUUCCACUAUCUCUCUUUGCUUUCUCCGACUCAGUGUGUCUCUAUUCUUCCGGUGGAGUUUGCAUUGUCGCUUGAGAAAUUGGCAAAUGAAAAGCUGCUCCUCUUGCACAGUGUUGCUGAGAAGAACAAAGAUGUGCUGUUAAUAGAUUUUGUUGAAACCGAGUUUUUGGCUGAGCAGGUGGAAGCCUUCAAGAAAAUAUCUGAAUAUGUUCAACUAAGGAUAGUUCGCAAAGGGCACGGGAUGUUGUUGCUACGUGAUGAUGUGUUUGUCGCUGUUGAAAGUGAUGUUAUGCUGUCUGGUGUGCUGAUUGUAGCUGUUUAGAGGUUUUGGUUGUAUGGUUAGAACCGCAUAUUAGUUUUUCGGACGAGGAAGAUACAUGAGGGACAAAUUUUAGACAAAUUAGUUGUUUGCAUUAGGUUUUGAGAAACUCAAGUAAAUUGUAUAUAGCUGGGCAAAGGAAAGCAGGGAGAGAACACCAAUGGUGGUGGCGAUAAAUCCCUUCUUUGCAGUGCAAGUCGACGGUCCAUGUGGAGCAUCCAACCCAGUUUAUAAGAGGAUGGGUCAAAAUGUAGAACAAAUGUACAUACAAUGCAUACAUAUAUAUAUAUACAUUAUAGGGUUUAGAGUACCAUCUAUGCAA